CUGCCGCCGCGCCGCCGCCGAGUGUCAGUUUCUGUGCCGCCGCCUGCGUUCUCCGGCCCAGCCCGGCCGCUCGCGCUCUGCUCUGUCCCCGCGGCCGCAGCCCUCGCCAUGGCGCACUCGGCGGCGGCCGUGCCGCUGGGAGCGCUGGAGCAGGGCUGCCCCAUCCGCGUGGAGCACGACCGCCGGCGCCGCCAGUUCACCGUCCGGCUCAACGGGUGCCAUGACCGUGCUGUCCUGCUGUACGAGUAUGUGGGCAAGCGAAUUGUGGACCUGCAGCACACAGAAGUCCCUGAUGCCUACCGUGGUCGUGGCAUUGCCAAACACCUUGCCAAGGCCGCCCUGGACUUCGUUGUGGAGGAGGAUCUGAAGGCCCAUCUCACAUGCUGGUACAUCCAGAAGUACGUCAAGGAGAACCCCCUGCCACAGUACCUGGAGCGCCUGCAGCCGUGACCGCUGGGCAGGCGCCCUGCGGCCCUCCCUCCACGCAGGCUCCCCAGGCCGCGUGCUCUCAGGACCCUGCUCCCACCAUUGGGAACAGGCUCAGAGUUAUUUUUGUAAGGAUGCUCAUCCAGCCCAGGCCCAGAAGGCGGCUGCCUGAGGCAGGGUGCUGCAGUGACUGAGCGAAGGGGAGGCCAGGUGGCCAAGGGCCCCACAGCCCCCACCUGCAAAGACCCUCCCAGCUUGCACAGACCUUCUGUGGGCAGUGCAAGAGGGCCGGGGGCCAACUGGAUCCCUGCUCUGUGAUCAGCAGGAGGCUGGCAUGGGACUCCUGCCACCAUCUCCUGGAGCUGUGUUCUUUCUGCAGAUGAGGAGAAUGCUCCCCAAAGAUGAGAGGAGCAACACAAAACUUGAUGUGCCAACUUCCAAAGGUGGUAGUGCCAAGCCUCAGCUGCCACCAGCACUACCCCCUUCUCUUUCUCAGACUUUGGUGCCCUGGCACAAGUGGCAGAGCCACAGUAGAGGACAGUGUCCCUGAUGUGAGAGAGGGGACUGGUGAUGGAACUCCAGCCCAGGCUCCACUGCACACGUGUUCACAUCAACACAUACACCCAAGACACGGUGUGACAGGCUGGGCCAAUGGGUAUCUUCCUCUCCUUGGUACCCUCAUCUUCUGUCCACUGUGCCAGAAAACACCCCCUUCCCUGAGAGCUACUACCCUACCCACCCUCUGCCAGGUCCCGGAACAUCCUGAGUGGCUGCAGCCUGACAGGCAUCACAAGUUCCCCACCCCUCGCUGGCCUUUUUGCCACUGCCUGUCUGGGCUGUCUGCAGAGGGCUCACCUUGAAACUAGGGGGAGGAGAGAGAUAUACAGCCCCCCAACAAGCACCAUCAUUACCUAAGAGGAAGGGAUUUCCUGGCUGCCAGUAGACACCAGAGUGUUCUCUUUUGUGACCAGCUGUGGCCAGGCCUAUCUCAAGUCCCAGGGCCCCUCACAUACCAGCCUUCCUGGUGACACCCCCAGGGAGGCUCACUGAAUACACCUUUUGGCCCUGGGGUACCCUCCUUUCUGGGGCCCAGUGGCUUCCCUUUGGGGACAAGUUGUGGCUUAGCUUGCAACUCUUUGCCUCGUUCUCUACAAGGGUUAAAUCCAGUUCUCUUCAGGAGAGCUGGACGGUGACCCAGGAAUCAGGGUUCCUUUGGGAUAAGGUAUUAGUCAACAAUAAGUCCCCUUCUAGGGCUCUGGAGUUUUUUGGUAUAGUUUAAGAUGCCCCAGCAAGAGGCCAACAGCCCAUCUCCUCCCUCCAACACACAAGUUCCAGACAGCUGGGUGCUGGGAAGCUUGGUUGCCAUGAUGACUCCCCUCUCUGCUGGCCUGGCCUUGGGUGUCUUUUCCACUCUUCUUACUGCUCCAGUCUUGGUAUAGAGACCUCCAGCUCCUUCAAAAGCCCCAGCAGCACAGGACCCAUCCCAGACACACAUACGCGAGACAGCUUCUCACCUUCACCAGGAGCGUUGGCGUCUGCACAUGUGAGAGCCCACAACCCUCGUCCCCCACUGCUGUGAAUUGCAGGAGUGGGCCAGCAGCAGUCACUGCCCUUAGCAUCCCUACCCCUUCUGCACUCUGGGCCCUCGCCCUGUCCUAUCCUUCCCCAGUUUAGCCUCCAGAAAGUCCCAGGAGAACCUGGUGUCCCCACUUUUUCCGCUAUCUUUAGCUGCUUGCCAAGUACUCUUUAAGGACGCAAGAACCCUGGACCUCCAGGGAGAUUGCCUGAAUGAGGGAUCUCAGCUGGGGUGCACCAUUCCUGCACAGGUUAAGAGGGAGCAAGUUCUAGCCCCUGGAGCAGUCGCUGGUGCUGGCCAGUCUGCACCUUCCCUCUCUGCCUUGGCCAUCUGGGUUGGGAGCCUCAAAUCCAUCCCUUCCUAAGGACACCUCUCCCAAGUUCCUUCACAGAUUGGCCUUUUCCCAGUCACUGAGCUGGGGCUUAUAGGAUGAGGUGGCCAGGGGCUCCAGCCUGCCCACAGAGGAGUUCUCACAGCAACAGCAUGAGGGAUCCCCACAGUGGGGUCCAGAGGCAGCAACUGGCCCCACUCUCCUUCCCCAAAUAGAUCCACACUGUCCCAACAGCAGGGGCCUUGCUGUAAAGGCUUCCUGCCCAUGAAACUACUUGAAUGAGGAGACUUGGGGUAGUGGAAGCCCUGGGGGACUCUGGCCCAGGAUGAGUGGCUGGGGCUUCCUUGGCAGGCUUGUGUCAUACCCAAGCAUCCUCAGCUCCUCGUAAGUACCACUAACCCCACUCCGAGGGCUCAGCAGAGCUGUGCCAGGCUCGCAUAGGUUCCCAGUGGGCAUCGUGAUGGCAGCAAUGACCGUCUACCAUGGAGCCACAGUGCAGUUGAACCCCUCUGGUGCUACCCUAUCCAUUCAGUUCCCAACCUCACCCUAUUCCUAUCCCAAGUCCUUCGACAAGCCGGUCACUGAGAUCCCUGGUGAAUCCAGGGGCACAGGGACCCAUGCCCACCUCAGCAGGUUGCCACAGGGUUGGUGCUCCCCUGGGGUUCUUUCUCCUCUCAGUCUACAAGGCAGUAACUCAUGUGCCUUUCCCACUCAGGACCUGCACAGUGGUAUUGGGGCCAAUGUCAGUCUCUAGACCUCCUUUGUUGUUUGGCAGGCUUCUAAACGUACCAUAAGACAUGCAUUCAGUGGAAGGCAUGGAACUGCAAGACUGCUCCCAGGCCCUGCAUGUGGUCCCAUGAGGAUUGGAUGGGUUGCCAAUCUUUUUAAAUGAAGAGUUGGGCAGCAUGAGGCAGUUGAGUCCUGGGAUAAGAAAAGGCAAAGAUAGGUUGUGUAGAUGGUCUUUGCUCUCUCUUUUUUUUUUUGGGGGGGGGGGGAAUGGGGUGGAGGAGGCCCAGAGAACCCUUGUCUUCCAGGAAGAAAUUGCCAGUAGGAGGGGUGUCAGCUGGGGUACUCCAUUCCUGCACAGGUUAAGAAAAGCACAGGUCUAGGGUUGAACUCAGAGGCACUCUUAUCAUGCGCUCCAUUGCCGGCCCUUUUAAUUUUUUUUACUUCAAAACAGGAUUUCAGUAAGUUGCUAAGACUGGGCUUCAACUUGCAAUCUUCCUGCCUCCACCUCUCUCUGUGUUGGGAUUACAUAGCGUCUUGUUUUUGAACAUCAACACUACCUGUGUGAAUAGAGCAACCCCACUUUCCAGGAGAGGAGGACAGUGUUCUAAGGGACCCAGCAGAGUAGUGGCAUCAGGAUUCCAUCCCUAAUCUGGGCAACUUUGCUGACCAUAUCUCUUCGGUCUGUCUGGUCUGUCCUGGGCACCACACCCUGGCCCUUCCCCUCCACCCAAUCCCACCCCUGUAGCCACAUCCUUGUUUCCUGGACAGCCCUGAUGUGAUGUCAGCCACUUAGAACAUGAGAGCUGCAUUUGGCCCUAAAAAGCCUCUCCUUGGGGGACUUCUGACUCAGAGCAGAAAGAUAAGGCCCAGGCUUGCUUGAACACAAGCCCAUCAGGGAGCAGUGGCCAGGUUUUCAAAACCCAGAAGUGCAGGAUUGUGUACCAUGCCAAAGGCUACAUCCCUGCUCCCUGGCUGCCAAAACAUGUCGAACUCUUGAAUGGGAAUUUUCCUCUUUGUUCCCACUGCAGGUUUAGACGGCUGCCCUAGCAAAAGGGGAGGAGGUAACAGUCACCAAGCCCUUCACAGUCUUAUCUCAUGAACUCUCAUAGCAGAUCUGAGAUACUAAUCAUGGGCCCGUUGAACAGAUGAAGAAACUGUGGGUCAGGGUGAAGGAGUUUCUAAUCUUUGGCCACACAGCUAGAGGACCCUGGAUCCAAGCCCCAUUCCUACCCUCUCUAGAUGAUGGUGCCAAGCCUGUGUGUUGUGGUCUUACGUCUACUUCGGUGACAGGUUGCAUCAGAAAGCAAUAAAACUUCCUGCUCAUUUGGAGGGUUGAGGUGGGACCAUGUGCCAGGUGUAGGCUGAUGGAGAAUGCCUCGCCAGCAGGGCGACAACUACAUUGCAUGGGAAGCUAGGGUCACAAGCUGGGAUAUUCUUGGAGCAUCUGGCUGCAUACUCACACUGUCCUUCCUCAGUUCAGGAUUCUCAGAUUUGCUCGCGUCCACCCAAACAUCCUUCUAUUCUCAGGGUCCCACUCCUUUCAGAUCAGUGCCCUAAAUUUCACAUAAAAGAUCCGACAAGGCUGUGAAUUCAACUCGUGUUGUAACUGCAACCUGCAGGAUCAAAUCUAGGGUAUGUUUUCAAUUGUAUCCAUCCUAUGGCUACAACAUAUUAAAGAUGCUUUUCUGGUUGUCAAAGAUA